AUAUGCAUAAGAAAUCAAAACCAAUUUCUCAUUUACAUCAUCUCUUUUUUCUCAUUGAAUCUCACACAUUAUAAGUAGUCAGGUUCUUGGUGAUUUUAAUUAAUCAUCACUUAAAUCUUUCAUUAAUUAGCAUAAAAUUAUGGGUAUUAAUGCUGAUUUUGAUGAUCAAUAUUCCCAUCAUCAUUAUCAAAGGGUUGAAAUUCCACCACCAAAGCCAUUCUUGAAGACACUCAAAUCUAAUGUGAAAGAAACAUUAUUUCCUGAUGACCCUUUUAGAAAAUUCAAAAAUCAACCACUUUCCAAAAAAAUUUCUUUGGGUUUUAAAUAUUUCGUACCAAUAUUAGAUUGGGCUCCUCGUUAUACACUUCAGUUGUUUAAAGCUGAUAUUAUUGCUGGAAUUACAAUUGCUAGUCUUGCUGUUCCUCAAGGGAUUAGCUAUGCUGGCUUGGCUAGCUUGCCUCCUGUUAUUGGACUUUAUUCAAGCUUUGUGCCACCAUUGAUAUAUGCUAUGUUGGGAAGUUCAAAGCAUUUGGCUAUUGGGAAUGUGGCAGUUCCAUCACUUCUCAUUUCUGCUAUGCUUGGCAAAGUUGUUAAUCCUCAUGAAAAUCCAAAGCUUUAUCUUCAAUUGGUGUUUACUGCUACUUUCUUUGCUGGAGUUUUCCAAGCUUCUUUAGGCUUGUUAAGGCUAGGGUUUAUAGUGGAUUUUCUAUCUCACGCAACUAUAUUGGGAUUCAUGAGUGGAGCAGCCACUGUUGUGUGUUUACAACAAUUGAAAGGAAUACUUGGCCUCCUUCAUUUCACACAUCAAACUGACAUUGUCAGUGUAAUGACUUCUAUCUUUACCCAAAUCCAUCAGUGGAGGUGGGAAAGUGGAGUCCUAGGUUGCUGUUUUCUCUUCUUCCUCUUGCUGACCAGAUAUUUUAGCAAAAUGAAGCCAAAAUUCUUCUGGAUAAGUGCUAUGGCACCUCUAACAUCUGUGAUUUUGGGAAGUGUGCUUGUUUAUUUCACUCAUGCUGAAAAAAAUGGUGUUCAAGUGAUUGGGCACUUGAAAAAGGGGAUAAAUCCACCAUCAUAUUCUGAACUGGCGUUUAGCUCACAGUAUCUUGCAAUUGCCAUUAAGACUGGAGUUGUCACCAGUAUCAUCGCCUUGGCGGAAGGAAUAGCAGUUGGAAGGAGUUUUGCUAUAAUUGAAAACUAUGAUAUUGAUGGAAACAAAGAAAUGAUUGCUUUUGGGCUUAUGAAUAUUGUUGGUUCUUGCACCUCUUGUUACUUAACCACAGGACCAUUUUCGCGAACCGCGGUAAAUUACAAUGCAGGAUGUAAAACAACAGUGUCCAACAUAGUAAUGUCAAUAGCUGUGAUGAUAACAUUGUUGUUACUCACACCAUUAUUUCAUUACACACCCCUUGUUGUUCUUUCCUCCAUUAUAAUUUCAGCUAUGCUUGGUAUAAUCGACUAUAAUUCUGCUAUCCAAUUAUGGAAAGUUGAUAAAUACGAUUUCUUCGUGUGUAUUAGCUCAUAUAUUGGAGUAGUCUUUGGUAGCGUUGAAGUUGGCCUCAUAGUCGCGGUGGCAAUGUCAUUACUUAGGAUACUUUUAUUUGUAGCAAGGCCUAAAACAUUUGUUUUAGGUAAAAUACCUAAUUCAAUGACAUAUAGAAAUAUUGAACAAUAUUCAACAGCAAGCAGUGUUCCAGGAGUUCUCAUCAUACACAUUGAUUCCCCAAUUUAUUUUGCUAAUGCAAGUUAUUUAAGGGAAAGGAUAUCAAGAUGGAUAGAUGAAGAAGAGGAAAAGCAAAGGACAUCAACAGAAAUUGAGCUACAAUAUGUCAUAUUGGAUAUGAGUGCUGUUGGAAACAUUGAUACAAGUGGAAUUAGUAUGCUUGAGGAAGUGAAAAGAAAUGCAGAUAGACGAUGCCUUAAGGUUUUAUUGGCAAAUCCUGGUGGGGAAGUGAUGAAGAAGUUGGACAAAUCCAAUUACAUAGACAAGAUUGGGAAAGAAUGGAUUUAUUUAACAAUUGGUGAAGCAGUAAAUGCAUGCAAUUAUAUUCUUCAUAAUUGCAAGUUCCAAUCAAAGAGAAUUGAUUCUUCAGUAACUCCAGAUGAUAGUGUAUAAAUGAUUAAUCAGAUUAAUGAUGGUCAUUAAAAUAAUCCAAGUGUAUUAGUAUUAAGUAAUUUUACUUUUACAGUUUCACUAAGUGAAACAUAUAAGUAGCUUGUUUAUUUACCCUAAAAUGCAAUUUUGUAAGAUUUCAUGUGUUUUAAGUUAUUGGAAGUUACUUUAUUA